AUGGCCUCGUCGACAGAUGAUGUGAUGGCAGGGUCCGUGUCCAGUCCGAAGCUGGGGAAGCUAAAGGUGGUGCGGCGGCAGCUGCUGCAGAGGUAUGAGCACCAGCCGUUUGUGUCGUGUCUGGCUGGUCUGUACGGCUGUCAAUGGAGACGCUACCAGAGGGCCAAAUCUCAGCCUGGGGAGUGCUGCUGCAGCAGGGUGGAGUGUGGGAGCGUGGUCCUUCUGGUCCUGACCUUCCUCCUCUCCUCUCUGUUCCUCUACUUCUGGAGCCAGGCUCACAACGAUUACAAUGAUUUUGAUUGGUUUAACUUUGAGACUCUGGGAUUCUGGUUCCCCUGGUCUCUGGUGCUGCUGGUUGUUGCUGCUGCUCUGUUCACCUACAUCUGUCUGCUGCUGGUACUGGCGGUGUGUUUACUGUCUGAGGGACAGAGGCUGUACCUUCACUGGAGUCACAAGAUGGGGAUUGUGGUGACCCUGGCAUUCGCUGUCAGUGCCACGGCUGUUCUGUCUGAGGUGUGGAGUAAAGAGUGGAAGACCCUCCUCCUCUCCCUGCAGGUCACAGCCCCCUUUCUUCAUGUAGGCGGGGUUUUAUUUAUGACUCUCCUGUCCUGGCCAAUAGCGCUGCACUUUUUUCGCAUGAACAAGAGAGUGCAUCAGGUGUGUCUGUUGGGUGUGUACCUGAGUGUAUUGUUCAGUCUGUACCUGGUUCCUCUGGCCAUGUAUUCUCCCUGCAUCAGAGAAGCUGGAACCCUGGGACCCAAACCAACACUCCUCGGACACAGAGGAGCUCCCAUGCUUGCUCCAGAGAACACUCUAAUGUCCUUUGAGAGUGCAGUGGAGGCUGGAGUGGACGGGCUGGAGACUGACGUCACUAUAAGUGCUGAUGGCGUUCCGUUUGUGAUGCAUGACCUCACCCUGCAGAGGACCACUAACGUCGAGGAGGUGUUUCCUAACAGAACACACACACCUGCUGCCCUGUUCACCUGGUCUGAUGUACAGCUGCUCAACGCUGGGGCCUGGUUCCUCUCUUGGGAUCCGUUUGGCACGGUGUCCUCUAUGACUCCAGAGCAGCGAGCGCUAGCUGCCAAUCAGACUGUUCCCUCCCUGGCUGAAGUUCUGGACGUAGCGAAUCGGACAGGCAGGAUAGUGUUGUUUGACCUGAGACAGCCUCCUCCUGGACACCCUUAUAGAGACAACUACCUCAACAUCACCCUCGACCUCAUACACACACACAUCAACUCCAGCCAGGUGCUGUGGCUGCCAUCAGAUCAGAGAGGGGAGGUACAGCAGGUGGAUCCAGAGCUGCAACAGACAGCAGGACAGACUGCCUCUAUUCAGGAACUACAGGACAACCACAUCACUACCCUCAACCUUCACUACAGCACCAUGUCUCUACAACACAUCAGUAAGUACAGGUCGGUGAACAUCAGUGUGAACCUGUAUGUAGUGAACCAGCCGUGGCUCUACUCUCUGGCCUGGUGCAGUGGAGCAUCCUCCGUUACCACCAACAACAUGCUGCUGAGAGAUAUACACACACCGCUGCUCCUUGUGACUCUAGAGCAGUACAGUGUGAUGUGGGUUUUGACUGACCUGGUCUCUGCUGCUCUUAUCGUCUGCAUCUUCAUAUUCCACUGGUGGCGUGAGCGAGGCUUACAAUUCUGGUCAGGCAGUCGGCAGACACACAAGACCGGGCCUUAUAGCAAGUUCCGGACCGAGCUCAGCGACGUCUGGUCCAUCUCCAGUGGGAAUGUCCGAACGGAACUACGGACCCCCAGUACCCUCCACACCAUCACAGAGGAGUAACACACACACACACACACACACACACACACACACACACACACACACACACACACACACACACACACACACACACACACACACACACACACACACACACACACACACACACACACACACACACAGACACUCACCCAGUCACACACACACACAAAGUGUGAACGCACAAGAAUAAGCAAAGGAAAACGGGGAGGAAAACAAGAGGAGGAACUGAAUGUGUAAAAAGAGGAAGAGGGUGAUGUAAUGUGAAAGAUGAGUCAGUAUUUUGAUCAUCCUGACUAAGACUGUUGUUCCUGUGUCCUCACCUGACCAGCUCAUUCACACUCAUUCUGGUGACCACUGGAACUAAACAACUGAACUGCUCAAGUAGGAAAUAUACACUGAACAAAAAUAUAAAUGCAACAUGUAAAGUGUUGGUCCCAUGUUUCAUGAGCUGAAAUAAGAAAUCACAGACAUUUUCCAUACGCACAAAAAGCUUAUUUCUCUCAAAUUUUGUGCACAAAUUUGUUUACAUCCCUGUUAGUGAGCAUUUCUCCUUUGCCAAGAAAAUCCAUCCACCUGACAGGUGUGACAUGUCAAGAAGCUGAUUAAACAGCAUGAUCAUUACACAGGUGCACCUUAUCCUGGGGACAAUAAAUGUCCACUUCAAAAUGUGCACUUUUGUCACACAACACAAUGCCACAGAAGACUCAAGUUUUGAGGGAGCGUGUAAUUGGCAUGCUGACUGCAGGAAUGUCCACCAGAGAAUUGAAUGUUAAUUUCUCUACCAUAAGCUGCCUCCAACAUUGUUUUAGAGAAUUUGGCAGUACAUCCAACCAGCCUCAGAACCACAAACCACGUGUACCACUCCAUCCCAGGACCUUCACAUCCGGCUUCUUCACCUGAAGGAUUGUCUGAGGGGGGGGGGGGGGGCAUGGCUCCCCAGUGGGUGGGCCUAUGCCCUCCAUGGCUGCACCCCUACUCAGUCAUGUGAAAUACAUAGAUUAGGGCCUAAUGAAUUUAUUUCAAUGGACUGAUUUCUUUCUAUGAAAUGUAACUCAGUAAAAUCUUUGAAAUUGUUGCAUGUUGCGUUUAGAUUUUUGUUCAGUAUAUAUUUUUUGUUCUCAUAACUGUCCAGACAUCAGCUGCAUUAGAGGAAUUGAUGAAUAGUGUCUUAAAUUGUGUGAGUGAGUGGAUGCAGGUGAACACUGAUUGUACUGUGGUUUUAAUGAUCAUUGAGUUGCUAUUUAGAUUUGAAUGUAUGACCAAGCAGUAGCCUAGUGUUUUAGCAUGGCAGUGAAAUACAGCGUCUGCUUCUGCAAACGUACAUCUAUCUAUCAUGAGAUAUACUCCUAAAGAAUUGUUUAUUUUGAGGUUGUAGAAGCUAUGUGAGUAUGACUUUCUGGUGUUAAUCUGAGGGUUGGUUGGUAAUGGCUCUGUGGACAGUGUUGAGCGGGAGACAGUAGAUCUAAGUGCCAUAGGAGACACACUGUCCACAAGCCACUGGCCAGCCAUACAGAGGAUAGAUGAGAGAUUUUAGGGGGCUUCUACAGAACUUUUGGAAUUAUCUGAAGCCUUCUAGAACUGUCACAAUACAUUCUAGAACACUCCAAGACAAAAAAUACAUGUUGACAGUAAACCAUCUAACAACAGAGCAGUUGAUAUUCUGAUGACCAGAGGGCAAAAUAAUGAUCAUUGGUGGAAUUGCACUCCACCUUGCUUGCAUUAGAGACCGCUAGGCUAUACAAAUACCAUGCUAUCAUGAAUCAAAACCUAUAUUUGGUCCCAACAAUGAUUCAAAGGUAUCAAACGCUCAAUGUAAUUGUUGUUAAAUAGCAAAAGGCUACAUAGUAUUUCUGGUCAUUUUCUGUUUAACAGGAUGACCAUUUUGUUUUAAUGUAUGAGCCUUCUCUAUGUUAUUUUACUGUAACUAUUUUCUGACUGUAAAUGGUAUUACCUGAUAUUAAAAAUCUUUAAAGGGU